ACAAAAGCAUUUAAGCCCCUCUAACGGUCCCUCCCCAGUACAUGGCCCUUCUCCACGCCACACCUUCCAACUAAGAAAACCAACGAGCCUGUGUGUGUCUAUGUCGUGAGAGUCAAAACACUCUGUUAUUUCGCUUGUCCUCUGUUCUGCAUGAAACAGAGUUUCCUGUUUUGUUCUUCAUUGUAAUGAGGUAUAUUCGGAGCAACAGCUUGAAGAGGCUCUUCUCCUUGAGAAGACGAGGUUCAGGGGAACAUAUUUUGAGUCCUAAAGUUUCAACUGGUGAAGAAAACGAUGAGAGCUUGGUGAUUCUUCCGCACGAAGAACCUUCUGAAAGACCCACUUGGAAAUGUUUCUCUUAUGAAGAGUUGUUUGAUGCAACUAGUGGCUUCAGCUCAGAAAAUUUGGUUGGAAAAGGAGGGUAUGCAGAGGUUUACAAGGGAACACUGAAUGAUGGUGAGGAAAUUGCAGUGAAGAGGCUCACAAGAACUUCUAGGGAUGAGAGGAAGGAGAAGGAGUUUUUAACAGAGAUUGGUACAAUUGGUCAUGUUCACCAUAUCAAUGUUUUGCCUCUACUGGGGUGUUGUAUUGACAAUGGACUUUACCUUGUUUUUGAGCUAUCUUCUAGAGGCUCAGUUGCCACUCUUCUUCAUGAUGAAAAGUUGCCUCCUUUAGAUUGGAAAACAAGGCAUAAAAUAGCUAUUGGAACUGCACGUGGCCUUCACUACUUGCACAAAGGUUGCAAGAGGAGGAUUAUCCACCGGGACAUCAAGGCCUCAAACAUUCUAUUGACCAAAGAUUUGGAACCACAGAUAUCUGAUUUUGGACUAGCAAAAUGGCUUCCAUCUCAAUGGACUCAUCAUUCAAUUGCUCCAAUAGAAGGGACAUUUGGACAUUUGGCCCCAGAGUACUAUUUGCAUGGUGUUGUGGAUGAGAAGACAGAUGUAUUUGCCUUUGGUGUGUUCUUGCUAGAAGUUAUCUCUGGAAGGAAACCAGUGGAUGGGUCUCACCAAAGCUUACAUAGCUGGGCUAAACCAAUUUUGAACAAGGGUGAGAUAGAAGAGUUGGUAGAUCCAAGGCUUGAAGGGGCUUAUGAUAUUACACAAUUAAAAGGACUUGCCUUUGCUGCCUCACUGUGCAUUCGGGCAUCUUCAACUUGGCGACCUACCAUGAGUGAGGUAUUAGAGAUAAUGGAGGAGGGAAAGAUGGAUAUAGAGAAGUGGAAAAUGCCAGAGGAAGAAGAGGAGCAAGAGGAAGAGUUCUGGGGUUUUGAGGAUCUUGAAUAUGAAUAUGACAGUUCUUUUUCAAUGUCUUUACUUGACUCCAUUGGAAGUACUUAGGUGCAUCUUUCAAUUACAUGUAUAUAUAUAUAUAUAUACACGCUU